GCCGGGUCGACGUGGAGAAGGCUCGGUCCUUUCUCUUCCACCUCCCUCCUCUCGCCGUCUGUCUCUCCCUCUCUCUCCCUCCUCUCUCUUCCUCUUCCUCUCUCCCCGGCUCGGACACCUCCAUCAUGGGCUCAGUGGGUCUCGGCGGGCCGCUCCUCCUCCUCCUGGCCCUGGCCGGUGCGUGCUCCGCGGGCUCGGACGCUCCGCGGGGAGUCGCGCUCGGCUUCGUGUUCGACCCCAAAGCGAGGUGCGAGCCUCCGUGCGAACACGCCGGGGUCUGCAUCCGCAACAACACGUGCUUCUGCUCCAGAGGGUACGAGGGGGAGACCUGCCAGUUCGCCAACUGUUAUCCCAAAUGUAAGAAUGGGGGGGACUGUCUUCGCCCUGGAAAAUGCAGAUGUCCUCCAGGAUUCGGAGGAAGAUACUGUCACAAAGUGACGUGUGAUGGAGGAUGCUGGAACGGAGGGGAGUGCACCGCCGUCAACGGAGUGGCCAAGUGCAUCUGCCCCUCGAGCUGGAGCGGCUCCAAAUGCCAAGAGGCAAGUUGUCCUCAAGGCUGCAGGAACGGGGGAAUCUGUGUGGCCCCUGGAAUCUGCAGCUGUCCGGAGGGAUGGCUGGGCGGUGCCUGCCACACUGCCGUGUGCACGAAGCCCUGCCUGAACGGAGGGAAGUGUAUUUCUCCUGAAAAGUGCCGCUGUCGCCCGCCGUACUCUGGCCCUCGCUGCGAGGAGAGGAAGAAGUUACACUAGUGGGACUUGGCCGGGGGUCGAAGGUCAACGGGGCCCAAUCAGGGACUCUGUGGUUUAAGCUGCAAAAUUGUAGUUUUUACAUUUCCUUUUAAACCGUGUGAUAUGUAAUUCUUUUUUUUUUUAUCCUAAACUCCAAGUCUGUGUUUUGUUCUUGUUUUUGCAAACAUGUUAUUUACUUUACUGUGAUUUGUGACAUUAAACUAAUAAAAUAGU